CGGCUCGGUGCGCAGAGACGGUGGCCGGCAGGGGAGGGGGGGCCGAGCGCGCCUCGGGAGGAUGGCGGAGCUGCACGAAAAACUAGUACAGAACAUUUGACCUUCUAAUCUCUACAGCUGAAUCUCCUGGUACCGGGAUUAGGAAAGCGUGCCUUCAGGUCCAAUAUGUAGCAAAUGGGUAUCAUACCUCUGAAGGUCCUCCCUGAAUUCACCACUUGCAUGUUUUAAGGAUCCUUGACCCCUCAGCAGUGAAUUGUUCUUCUGAACUUCAGAAACGGAUUUCAUGUGGUGCUUGCUAAACAUUGAGUCACCAUGAGUAGUAAUCUAGGAAAAGAAAAGGACUGUAAAGAGAAGGAUCCAAAAGUCCCAUCGUCAAAAGAAAGGGAGAAGGAGGCCAAAGCCUCUGGAGGAUUCGGGAAAGAGAGCAAAGAAAAGGAGCCUAAGACCAAAGGGAAAGAUGCCAAAGAUGGAAAGAAGGACUCCAGUAGCACGCAGCCUGGGGUAGCUUUUUCAGUGGACAAUACAAUAAAAAGACCUAAUCCAGCCACAGGUACCCGCAAAAAAUCCAGCAACGCUGAAGUGAUCAAAGAGCUAAACAAAUGCCGGGAAGAGAAUUCAAUGCGCUUGGACUUGUCCAAGAGGUCUAUACACAUGCUUCCAUCAACUAUCAAAGAGCUAACACAGUUAACAGAACUUUAUUUAUACAGUAACAAAUUGCAGUCCCUGCCGGCAGAGGUGGGCUGCCUUGUGAACCUGAUGACACUGGCCCUGAGUGAAAACUCACUCACCAGUUUGCCUGACUCUCUUGAUAACUUGAAGAAACUGCGCAUGCUUGACCUGCGGCAUAACAAACUUAGAGAGAUCCCCUCGGUGGUGUAUAGGCUAAGCUCUCUCACCACUCUUUACCUACGCUUUAAUCGUAUAACUACUGUGGAAAAGGAUAUCAAAAACUUGUCAAAACUCACCAUGCUUAGCAUACGAGAGAACAAAAUCAAGCAACUACCUGCUGAGAUUGGUGAGUUGUGUAACCUCAUAACGCUGGAUGUAGCGCACAAUCAGCUUGAACAUCUUCCAGAAGAGAUAGGAAGCUGCAUGCAGAUCACCAACCUUGACUUGCAGCACAAUGAGCUCUUGGACCUGCCAGAAACCAUAGGAAAUCUGUCCAGUCUAAGUCGUCUUGGCCUGAGGUACAACAGGCUAUCGGCAAUUCCGAAGUCUUUAGCAAAAUGCAGUGAACUUGAUGAGCUGAACCUGGAGAACAACAACAUUUCUACUUUACCUGAGGGUCUUUUAUCCAGCCUUGUCAAACUGACUAGUUUAACACUGGCCAGGAACUGCUUCCAGUCCUAUCCUGUGGGUGGCCCGUCCCAGUUCUCCACAAUCUACUCUCUCAAUAUGGAGCACAACCGCAUCAAUAAAAUCCCCUUCGGAAUUUUCUCUAGAGCUAAAGUAUUAAGCAAGCUGAACAUGAAGGACAAUCAGCUGACCUCUCUCCCCUUGGACUUCGGGACUUGGACUAGUAUGGUAGAACUGAACUUAGCGACUAAUCAGCUCACGAAAAUCCCGGAGGAUGUAUCUGGCCUUGUUUCUCUUGAGGUUCUUAUCUUGUCAAACAAUCUACUAAAGAAACUCCCGCAUGGAAUCGGCAAUCUGCGGAAGCUCCGAGAGUUAGAUCUAGAGGAAAACAAACUGGAAUCCUUGCCAAACGAAAUAGCUUACCUCAAGGAUCUGCAGAAAUUGGUUCUCACUAAUAAUCAGUUGACCACACUUCCCAGAGGUAUUGGUCACCUUACCAAUCUGACGCACCUUGGGCUUGGAGAGAAUCUUCUUACACACCUUCCUGAGGAAAUUGGUACACUGGAGAAUCUGGAAGAACUGUAUUUGAAUGACAACCCCAAUCUGCACAGCCUUCCCUUUGAGCUGGCUCUUUGCAGCAAACUGUCAAUAAUGAGUAUUGAGAACUGCCCACUCAGCCACCUUCCACCUCAGAUUGUCGCAGGAGGACCCUCCUUCAUCAUCCAGUUCCUAAAAAUGCAGGGACCAUAUCGUGCCAUGGUCUGAUGCUGAUCGGAUUGUCCAAUACACUGUACAAAACACAAAACUGCAUUAAUGUUGUAAUUGUCUGUAUAUGUAUAUAUAAUAUAAUAUAUGUGGUUUAUAUUAUAUUAUAUAUAUAUAUAUUAAAAAAAAUAUAUAUAAAUAAUAUAAGAAGGCAAAUUUAAGACUGCAUUAUGUGUUUCUGCUAAUAGAGGAAUCAUAGCCAUUUAGAUUUU